UGUUCCGCUCUCUUCCGGAUAAAGCGAAAGCUAAGGCCCACCUCUUUCCUUCUAUUUUCCACCCAAACAAACAAUAAUAUACUUUCGCCACUUCUCUCUCUCUCUCUCUCUCUAAAGUUGCGCUCGUGCUCGAAUCCAAGGAGCGGCCAUUGCUGGUGGCAGUUUGAUGGCGAUGGAGGGACCAAUUCUAUGCCGCCCUGUAAUGCAAGCAAAGCUUCCUGCUGCCCUGAUCAGCAACUCAUUGAUCAAAUCUGGCCAGCUUGGAACUGCAUUCUUGGGUGUGGUGUCUAAAUACCGGAACAUCACUAGACUCAUUUCGCCAACCUUUCAGCCAUCUGCAAAGAAUCUCGGCCCUAUUUGCUCUAGCUUCAGCUCAUCAUCUGAUGGUAAUGGAUACAUGGCUGGAAACUUCAAUGAAAAUGAUGAAGAUUAUGUUGAUUCCAGUGUGCUAGAAGCAGUUGAGGUGAGAAGUGGAUCUGAGGGAUAUAUAAUAAAGAUGCGAGAUGGAAAAAACUUGCGCUGUGUGCACAACAAUUCUCAAGGGAGACAUAUUCCAGAGAGUGCACCACAACCUGCUAUUGUUUUGAGGAUUGAAGAUGGAAAUGAAACUUUACUGCCAAUCAUCGUUUUGGAGAUGCCAAGUGUACUUCUGAUGGCUGCUAUUCGCAAUGUCCAUAUUGCAAGACCAACCAUCUAUCAGGUUGUCAAGGAGCUGAUUGAUAAGAUGGGCUAUGAGGUAAAACUUGUUCGGAUAAACAAGAGAAUUCAGGAAGCAUACUGUGCUGUGCUGUAUUUAGCUAAGAUUGGAGAUCAAGCAGAUGGUAUCACUUUUGAUCUUAGACCAUCAGAUGCUAUUAACAUUGCUGUUCGUUGCAAGGUUCCUAUACAAGUACAUAGAAGUCUUGCAUACAGCGAUGGCAUAAGAUCAGUCGAACCAGCAAAAAUGAUGGUCGCAGCUGGCUUAUCCGAUGGUUUGUUGUUUACUGAACUUGACAGACCUGAUGGACAGCCCUGCAUCGAGGCUCAAGAGUUCAGUUUGGUGCGUAACAUGCUCGUUGCAGUUGUCGAAGAGAGAUACAAAGAUGCAGCAACAUGGAAGGACAAACUAAUGAAACUAAGGUCUAAACGGAAGAACUGGGCCUGAAAGGUGGUUCUCAACUCACACGGUCUAGUUCCAUCGUAUCCGCAGAAAUGUGACCGUCUACCCAUUUUAUACAGCUGGCUCAUUUGGACGGUGUAAAUAAAGACGAUGUCCUGCUGAAUCCCAGUAUGCAAUGCAGAUAUGGUUCGGUGUAACUAGAUGUACAUUAUGAGGCCCUAAGAAGUGGCUUCUGUAAAUUUGGACUAAGAACUAAUCUAUGUAAAUGUCUUCAUGUUUUAUGCCUCUUGUUACCAAUAGUCACCAUUUAGUCCCGUUAUUACUGUAAAAAUCAACUUGUGGCGA